UGUUCCAGAAGCGUGGGGAUGUGGCACUGAGGGACGCGGGCAGCGGGCAGCUGGGGGGGUGGACGGUGGCACUUGGUGAUCUUAGAGGUCUUUGCCAACCAGAGAGAUUCUGUCAUUCUGUGAAUGGAGCCAUUUAUUGCAACGAGAGGUAAUCAGCAGCAAACAACCACAAAGUAAAGCCUCGAGAACAUCACGGGAACACGGAAACACUUGACUGGGAUACUGAUGGAGCCACAGGCCCGGCAGCAUUCAGGUGGGGCCAGGAGGCUGGAUGUGUGGCCCAGUGCCUUCAGCAGCACCAACACGCCGGGUUCCUGCGGGGCUGCGUCCGGCACCGGGCCCCUCACUCUGCGCUGGCUGCAGGAGCCGCCGCCCUCCUGCUGGGGUGCCCUCACCCCUGUGACGUGUGAUGGCGUCACCGAGGGUGUCAGAGAGGGGCCAUUGUGACGCAUGGGGUGUGGAGCAGAGCUCAGGCUGCGGGGCUCAGGCGGAGCUCAGUGCGACUUGGUGAGGUUGGCACGUGGAGGAGAAAGCCCAGCACUGAUGGGACAGACACUCCGCAAGUGGUUGCCGUCAACGCGCACGGUGUGCGUGGAGACACAGGAGGCCGCCGGCUCGAGGGAGCCUGCAUGCGUGCUCUGUGGCCGAGUGGAUGAGGACUCGAGCAUCCUUGGGCACAAAAAAGAGCUCGGUGGAUUCUAUUUCCAUGAGUUUUGUGCGAUGUUUGCCAAUGAUCUCUGUGAACAUGUGGAAGCUGGCAGAAUGGCACAAUUUUCCAGAAAAGACCUGAUACGCACAGUGAGGCAGGCAGAGCAGACGCUCUGCUUCGUCUGUGGCAAGACAGGGGCCACCAUCACCUGCGCAGCGUUGGGCUGCGACCGCAGCUUCCAUCUCCCCUGCGCCUCGGAGGGCCAAUGUGUCACCCUGUACAUUGGAAAGUUCCGGUCCUUGUGCUGGGAGCACCGCCCGCAGCAGGCAGUGGAGGCAGCGCCGGCGCAGGACACGACCUGCAUCAUCUGCAUGGAGCCCGUGGGGGACAGCAGGUCGUACAGCACCAUGGUGUGCCCAUCCUGCCAACACGCCUGGUUCCACCGGGCCUGCAUCCAGGAACAGGCCAUGCGUGCCGGCAUCUAUUGCUUCCAGUGCCCCCUCUGCAGAGACAGGGACUGGUUUCUUCGAGACAUGGUCACUAUGGGGAUCCGAAUCCCAUUCAGAAAACCAACAUGGGAGGACAACAAUGCCUAUGCAUCCCUGCGAAUUCGACACGAUCGCUGUGAUGCCAGCAGCUGCCUUUACCCACGUGGCAGGGAGCGGGCAGAGAGAGAGGGGUGAGUUACCUCAGCAGCCCUCUGGGGCUCUGCGUGGGAUCGCAGCCUCACCACAGGCUGGGGCAGCACAGACUGAGCACCAGAGCUGUGCCGGGCACUCCCUGGCUCAGGUCGCUUUGUCCUCACGGCCACAACCCGUUGGUUUCCCAGGCCCUGGCAGCUGCUCCUCUGCAGCUCCUGUGCUGCACAAGGCACCCAUCGGCGCUGCUCCUUCUUGAGUCAGGGCACAGCCAGCUGGGAGUGCAACGCCUGUGCUGGAGAGGGCACCGCCUCCGGCAGCGGUGUGGACAGAGCUGGCC